AUGACAUCAUCUAAUUUUCUGUGGGUUAAACCCACCACAAAUGAUGAAUUUGACGUUCCAAUUGGAGUGCGAGUUGUGUCUUCUGACAGCAAAAAGAUGCUUGUCAAAGAUGAUGAUGGAAAGGAAUUUGUUGUUAAACCUGAUGCAGUUCUCAAAGCAAUGCAUACUUCUUCUAUUGAAGGAGUGGAAGAUAUGAUCAAAUUGGUUGAUUUGCAUGAGCACACCAUCCUAAGAAAUUUACAUCUAAGAUACUCCAAAGAUCUUAUAUAUACUUACACAGGUUCAAUUCUUGUUGCUGUGAACCCUUAUCAGAUUUUGCCAAUUUAUUCUGGCAAUGAUGUGGAAAGAUACAGAAAUCGUAAAAUUGGAGAACAGCCACCUCAUAUUUUUGCAAUAGGAGAUUCAAGUUACUCUGAUAUGAAACGUUUUCAACAUGACCAGUGCAUUGUAAUUAGUGGAGAGAGUGGAGCAGGAAAAACAGAAAGCACAAAGCUUAUUCUUCAAUAUCUGGCAGCAGUCAGUGGAAAGCAUUCAUGGAUUGAACAGCAAAUAUUGGAAGCCAACCCUGUUUUGGAAGCUUUUGGAAAUGCCAAGACAGUUCGAAAUGAUAAUUCAUCUAGGUUUGGCAAGUACAUUAAUAUUCGUUUCAGUGGAGAUGGUUUUAUCAAAGGCGCUCACAUGGAGCAAUAUCUUUUGGAGAAGUCUCGCAUUGUGUACCUAAAUGAAGGCGAACGAAAUUACCACAUAUUUUAUGGAAUGCUAGAAGGAUUAACAGUAGAUGAGAAACUUAAAUUGCAAUUAGGACCAGCUUCUAGUUUUAAUUAUCUCAAAUGUGUAAACAUUGCACUUUUUUUUAAAAAAUCUCCAUGUACAUCACAUAUAUUACAGGGUAGUGCCAUAAAAUGUGAUGGAAGAGACGAUGGCAAGGAGUUUGCUGUUGUACGAGCAGCCAUGAAAGUUCUUCUUUUCUCAGACGAAGAAAUAUGGGAAAUAAUCAAACUCCUUGCAACCAUUUUACAUUUGGGCAAUGUUAAAUACAAAGCAACAGUAACUGCAACUGUCGAUGCAUCACAAGUGACUGAUGUAAAAGCUGCUGAGAGAAUAGCAGAUUUUUUGGGUGUAGCAAAACAACCUUUAGUAACAGCACUUACUAACAAGACAAUAUUUGUCCAUGGAGAUUCAGUGGUAAGUAUCUAUGGUCAACUUUUUGUAUUCAUUGUUGAAAAAAUUAAUGCUGCCAUUUCAAAAUCUAAGGAGGGAUCAAAAACUGCUAUUGGGGUCUUAGAUAUUUUUGGAUUUGAAAAUUUUAAGAACAACAGCUUUGAACAACUGUGCAUUAAUUACGCUAAUGAAAACCUUCAGCAGUUCUUUGUUCAACACAUUUUCAAAUUAGAGCAAAAAGAAUACACAGCAGAAGGCAUCAGUUGGCAGCAUAUGGAGUUUGUAGACAACCAAGAAAUUCUUGAUCUUAUUGGCAUGAAGUCCAUUAAUAUCAUGGCCUUAAUUGAUGAAGAAACAAAGUUUCCAAAGGGUACUGAUACAACAAUGCUUAGUAAGGUUCAUACAAAUCACAAUAAAAAUAAGUAUUAUUUGAAACCAAAAUCUGAUCGUAUAGAAGCAUUUGGUCUAAAUCAUUUUGCUGGAGUUGUUUUCUACAAUGUUCAUGGAUUUCUAGAAAAAAAUCGAGAUUCCUUCAGUGAAGAUCUCAAGCAUAUUGUGAGCACCUCUACUAACAAAUUCCUGGUUAAUUUAUUUGCACAUGAACUAAAUGGCACUCAAGAUACAAAGAAAAAGAAUUACACUCUUUCUUUGCAAUUCAGGAAAUCCUUGGAGUCUUUAAUGAAGACACUUAGCAGUUGUCAUCCUUUCUUUGUGAGGUGCAUUAAGCCUAAUGAAUUGAAGAAACCAAAGGUAUUUGAUAGAAAUCUCUGCUGUCGUCAACUUCGUUAUUCAGGAAUGAUGGAAACAGCAAAAAUUCGAAGGACUGGAUAUCCCAUUCGGCAUGAAUAUGUUCCAUUUGUUGAGAGAUACAGAUUGUUAGUUGCAGGCACACCUCCUGCUCAUAAGACAGACUGCAAAGCUGCCACUACCAAAAUAUGUGAACAUCUACUGAAAGGGGAGGACUAUCAGCUUGGGCGAACCAAAGUGUUUCUCAAGGAUGCUCAUGAUGGUAUCUUAGAACAAGCAAGAGAGAAACAAUUGUUAAAGAGUGUGCUGGUGAUCCAGAGCUUUGUCAGAGCAUGGGGCCAUAGGCGGCGUUUUCUGCAACUUCGAAGAGCAGCAAUUGUAUUUCAAAAGCAUUGGCGAGGACGAGGGCCUCGUCUUGCUUAUGCUGUCAGGCGCCUUGGUUUCCUGCGCCUUCAGGCUGCUAUUCGAUCUAGACAAUUGAAAUAUGAGUUUACAAUGUUGCGAGUUCGUAUGACAGGUUUACAGGCCUUCUGUCGUGGCUAUUUAGUACGCAAGAUAUCAAAGGCAAGAAAGGAGCACAUUGCAUCACUUCUAGCACUUAAGGAGCAGGAAGAAAAAGAAUUAAAGAAAGCAGGAAAUACAAAUUACAAAGAAAUUGCAGAAGAAAAUUAUAGGAAAAGACUUGCUGAAUUGCCAGUGGAUGACAUAACUCAACACCAAACAGACAAAGUGAAUGAGGAAGAUACAAAUUAUUAUCACAAUAUGAUUGAUCAAAUUUUUGACUUCUCUGAAGAUAUCACCGAAUUUUCAGCUAAAAUUCGUGAUGGUUCAGAAGAUGCAAUUGUCAUACCAGCAGGCCCAGAUGCAGAGGAACUUGCACAAUACAAUUUCCGUAAAUUUGCAGUUACAUACUUCCGUGGAAAUAUCAAUGGGCAGUAUUCUAAAAGGCACAUCAGGCAUUCUCUGCUGGACCUACCUUCACAACAUGACCAGCUUGCUGCACAAGCUCUGUGGGUGACAAUUCUGAGGUUUAUGGGAGAUUUACCAGAACCAAGAUAUGAGAAAAAAGAGAAGGACAACACACCUGUCAUGUCACUAAUUAACAAAACUCUAAGUCGUAAUUUUGUUAACAGUAAAAAUUUCAAGAAUGCAAUGGCAGAAUUGAAUGAAGAAGAAGAAUACAAUAAUCUCUCAGAGCCUGCCCGCCGUAAGCUUAUUUCACUUACUCUGAAACGCCAAAAUAAGCUGAGUGAAAAUGUUCGGAAAGGAAUUUUAAAUGAAGAAUACAAUGAAAAUACCUACACAGACUGGCUAGAAUCUCACAGAUCAUCUAAUCUUGAAAAACUUCAUUUUAUUAUUGGUCAUGGAAUACUGAGACCAGAACUCAGGGAUGAAAUUUACUGCCAGCUUUGUAAGCAACUGACCAAUAACCCAUCAAAAGCUUCCCAUGCUCGUGGCUGGGUGUUGCUUUCUCUUUGUGUGGGAUGCUUUCCUCCUUCUGAAAAAUUUGUGCAAUACCUACGAUCAUUCAUACGUGAAGGACCUCCAAAUUAUGCUCCCUAUUGUGAGGGACGACUCAACCGUACCUUCCAGAAUGGAUGCAGAACACAACCUGCAAGUUGGCUGGAGCUCCAGGCUACUAGAUACAAGAGUCCAAUUGUGCUAUCUGUAACAUUAAUGGAUGGUAGCAGUUUACAAGCAGAGGCAGAUUCUGCUACAACAGCUGCAGAACUCUGUUCACAAAUUUGCAGAAAGCUUCAAAUGCAAGAUGACUUUGGAUUUUCUUUGUUUAUUGCACUAUAUGACAAGAUAAUGCAGUUCUAUCAGCAUAACUGUGAAGUAUAUGUAUGUGCAAAUAAAGUAUCUUCAAUUGGAAGUACUACGGACCAUGUUAUGGAUGCAAUUUCUCAAUGUGAACAAUUUUCAAAGGAACGAGGAGGCCAGGAACGGAAUGCUCCUUGGCGGCUUUUCUACAGAAAAGAGAUGUUUUCUCCUUGGCACGAUCCCACAUUGGAUGCAGUUUCAACAAAUCUCAUAUACCAACAGAUUGUCCGAGGAGUAAAAUUUGGAGAAUUCCGAUGUGAUAAGGAGAGCGAUUUGGCCAUGUUGGCUGCUCAGCAGUACUUUGUGGAAUGUGGGCCAGAGCUUGACAAUAAUAACUUGGGACAACUGUUGCCUAACUACAUUCCUACACACAUUUUGCAGAGUGCUGGAGAAAGGGCACUAGUGCGUUGGCACUCACUUGUAGUGGAGGCAUUUAAGAAGAGCUACUAUGUUCAAGAAGCCACUCCUGCUAUCAAAGCAAAGGAAGACGUUGUUACUUUUGCUAGACUGAAAUGGCCUUUAUUAUUUUCAAAAUUUUAUGAAGCUCUCAGAGUAUCAGGGACCAAACUCCCAAAGGAUAAUGUGAUUAUUGCUGUAAACUGGACUGGAAUCUACAUUGUUGAUGAGGAAGAACAAGUUCUUUUGGAUUUAUCUUUCCCAGAAGUUUCUUCUAUCAACUCUCAUCAGAUAAAUGCUGGGAUAUCAAUUAGAUUCACACUGAAAACCAUUCAAGGACAUGAAUUUGUAUUUCAGUGUCCUAUGACAAGUGAACUAGUCACCCUCAUUAAUGAUCUCCUCAAAGGUCUCAAAGACAGGUCUCGGUAUGUGGUGGCGACCCAAGAAUAUCGUUCCUCGGACACAAAUUCAACUGUGCUUACAUUGCAAAAGGGAGAUUUAGUUCUACUGGAAGAUGGUGUGACAGGAGCCAACUUUGGAGAAUCAUCAUGGCGCACUGGCAGAAAUGAGCGUACAAAAGAGGAAGGUAACUUCCCUAUUGAAGUUGCUUAUGUUCUCCCAACCUUAAAACCACCUCCUGAGAAGAUAAUGGAACUGUUUACUAAAGAUGUAAUUAUCGAUAAUGUGGUGGUAGACAAACUCAACACAGCCGCACGACGCAAACUUUACACUCUUGCAGAGUUUGCCAAAGAUAAUUUUAGACCCAGCAUAAAUGUAACCAUUUCUCGUGGCCAGACAAUGAAUUCUGCCAGAAAUCGUGUACAAGAAGAUUUGUGGAAACAUUCAAGAGAACCACUGAAACAACCACUUUUGAAAAAGUUACUGGCAAAUGAUACACUUUCAGCUCAUGCAUGCUUGGCAUUUAGUAUGAUUCUGAAGUAUAUGGGUGAUGUACCAACAAGGAGAGCGUUUGGGGGAUGCGAGUUCACUGACAAGAUAUUUGCUAUUGGACUCAGGCAGGAGGUAUUGCGGGAUGAAAUUUAUUGCCAGUUAAUGAAACAAUUAACUUUCAACCGAAAUCAUCUCAGUGAAGACAGAGGUUGGGAGUUGAUGUGGCUGGCUACUGGAACCUUUUCUUGCAGUCAACUUGUACUAAAGGAACUAACUCUCUUCCUGAAAUCGCACACUCACCCUGUGGCCCAAGAUGCAUUGCAACGACUUCAGAAAACUCUGAGAAAUGGAAACAGAAAGUACCCACCCCAUCAAGUUGAAGUUGAAGCUAUUCAACACAAAAGUACACAGAUCUUCCACAAAGUUUAUUUCCCUGAUGACUCAGAUGAGGCUUUCUUGGUAGAUUCAAGUAUGAGAGCAAGUGACUUAUGUGAAACUAUUGCACAACGUCUAGGAGUCAUAUUCAGUGAAGGUUUCUGUCUUUUUGUCAAAAUAUGGGACAAAGUAUUUUCUGUGCCUUAUAAUGACUUCUUCUUUGAUCAUAUUCGUGAACUAACAGAGUGGAUGAAGAGGGCUCGGCCAUCUCGAGCUGGUAAUAAUGUUCAGUAUCAAUAUCAAAUAUUCUUCAUGAAGAAGUUAUGGCUUAAUACUGUGCCUGGAAAGGACAAAAAUGCUGAUAUUAUUUUCCACUUUCACCAGGAACUACCAAAAUAUCUCCGAGGUUAUCACAAAUGUAGUCGUCAAGAUGUUGUACGUUUAGGAGCAUUUUUGUAUCGUGUGCAAUUUGACACAAGCAAAGAAGAACUAAAAGAAAUUCCAUCCAUGCUGGGGGGAUUGAUCCCAGUUAAUCACAUUAGAGCUCAAAAGCCAAAUGAUUGGAUGAAAGCCAUUAGUGCUGCAUACCAGCAGGAUUCAGGAAUGUCAGUAGAAGAUGCAAAAAUAAACUUUCUGAAACAUGUAUACCGAUGGCCAACUUUUGGAUCAGCAUUUUUUGAAGUGAAACAAUCCACAGAAAGAAGUUAUCCUGAAUAUGUUAUCUUAGCCAUAAAUAAGCACGGAAUAAGUGUAAUCCAUCCUGGCUCAAAGGACAUUCUUGCUCAACAUCCCUACACUCACAUUUCAAAUUGGUCAUCUGGAAAUACAUAUUUUACUGUGAGUGUGGGAAAUUUGGUUCGUGGAGUGAAACUACUCUGUGAAACUACACAGGGUUACAAAAUGGAUGAUCUUCUGACAUCAUACACACAUGCAAUGAGAACUGCUGUUUCUAAGCAGAAAACUCAAUUAUGA